GCAGCGGGGCCACGGCAGUGGUGCAGGCGGCCUAUUGCAGCCCGAAGAAAGAGAAGGUGGCGAUCAAGCGGAUCAACCUCGAAAAAUGUCAGACCAGCAUGGACGAACUCCUGAAAGAAAUCCAAGCUAUGAGUCAGUGCCAUCAUCCGAACAUCGUAUCUUACUAUACGUCGUUUGUAGUGAAAGACGAACUUUGGUUAGUGAUGAAGCUCCUUAGUGGAGGAUCAGUUUUGGAUGUUAUUAAGCAUAUCGUGGCGAAAGGAGAACACAAGAAUGGAGUAUUGGAUGAAGCAACGAUAGCCACAAUCCUGAGAGAGGUAUUGGAAGGGCUGGAAUACCUGCAUAAAAACGGACAGAUCCACAGGGACGUGAAAGCCGGAAACAUUCUUCUGGGAGAAGAUGGCUCAGUCCAAAUCGCAGACUUUGGCGUUAGUGCUUUUUUAGCCACCGGCGGCGAUAUCACCCGAAAUAAAGUGAGAAAAACCUUCGUGGGCACGCCUUGCUGGAUGGCACCUGAAGUUAUGGAGCAGGUGAGAGGCUACGAUUUCAAGGCGGACAUCUGGAGUUUCGGAAUCACGGCGAUCGAACUCGCUACGGGGGCAGCGCCUUACCACAAAUACCCACCCAUGAAGGUCUUAAUGCUGACGCUACAAAAUGACCCCCCCUCGCUCGAGACGGGGGUGCAGGAUAAGGAGAUGCUGAAGAAGUACGGGAAGUCGUUCCGGAAGAUGAUUUCGUUGUGCCUGCAGAAAGACCCGGAGAAAAGACCCACAGCGGCUGAACUCCUAAGACACAAAUUUUUCCAGAAAGCAAAGAACAAAGAAUUUUUGCAAGAAAAAAUGUUGCAGAGAGCCCCGACAAUCACCGAAAGAGCCAAGAAGGUCCGGAGAGUCCCGGGUUCCAGCGGGCGUCUACACAAGACGGAGGACGGUGGCUGGGAGUGGAGCGACGACGAAUUCGAUGAAGAAAGCGAAGAGGGCAGAGCGGCAAUUUCACAGCUCAGGUCUCCCAGAGUUAAAGAAUCUUCUCAGAAUUCAGAGCUCUUCCCGUCAGCUGAGCCCACCGGCCCCUUGCUCAACGUCCCCACUCAACUACCUCAGCCUGCGGGACAAGCUCCUGCACAGCCGCAUCCAGGGGUCCCCCCUCCCGCUCCUCAGGCAUCCGCCGCAGCUCCUCCGGCAGCACAGGCACCUUCUGCCCCUGCAGCAGUCGCUCCCGCACCAGAAGAGACAAAAGUUCCCAUCAGCCUCGUCCUAAGGCUAAGAAACUCAAAAAAGCAGGUAAGGCAGAUUUCGGGAGAUUCUUUCAGCCCUGGCCCUGAUACUGCCGAUGGGGUAUCCCAGGAACUCAUCUCGGCUGGGCUUGUGGACGGCAGAGACUUAGUAAUAGUUGCCGCCAACUUGCAAAAAAUCGUGGAAGAGCCCCAGACGAACCGGUCUGUCACUUUCAAACUGGCAUCUGGCGUCGAAGGCUCGGAUAUCCCCGACGACAGCAAACUCAUCGGCUUCGCCCAACUCAGCAUCAACUAAGACGACACUCCCAAACGAUGGUCCCUGCGGGGCGCAGCUUUUGGACGCUUCUCUUGGCCUCAAAGCAAAACCACUACUGCCAAAGAAUCAAACUACAGGCCCCUUUUCUCGGGAGCGUUGACCUUCCUUCUUCCCCGAGUAGCCUCACACCAGUCUCCCGGCGUUACCUCCCCCCCCUUCCCCCGCCCCACCAUUAGAGACAGUCGACUCGUCACCCGCAUUCGCACUCGCCUCUCGCAUUACCUUCCUCUCCGAUGGGCAGACGCCACCCCUCCGCCGCCUGCAUGUUUGUGGUUCAUGAUUGCCUUAACUAUUUAAAGAGAAAGGAAACAAGAAAUACUGAAGCGUACGAAACGGGGGGUUCCUCUCACUCUUAACAACUCUUCCGCUUGUGUGUUUGUUCUUCACUGUUUGUGCGUCUGCCCAUCACUUUGACCGCGUAGUUUUGUGCCGCUGCAGAGGCCUCGCCGGGGGAGAGGGCUUUGCUUGAGCCCACCUUAAGUCACACCUGGUGGGAAAGCCUCGCAAGCCUGUGGUGAAGAUAUUAGGAAUCCAGCUGGUGAAGGCUUAGAUAGGAAGCUAGCCUUCGCCCGAUUGGCCUCUUUGAAUGGAUCUAGGGCAGAA